AUGGAGACUACGACAACACCUUCGGGUUUAACUUUAACCAAAUUCGUAAAGCGUCCUGGUCUUGGUAAAGUGGGUCGUCAAAUUCGUGUCCGGGCGAAUUUUUUUGAAGUUACUUCUUUUCCGAGAGCGAAUGUCCAUCACUAUGACGUUACCAUAACCCCCGAUGUACCACCGAAGUUGAAUCGAAGAAUAUAUAGGAAAUUCGAGGAAGAUAAUGCUAACACCUUGAAUAACAUUAGGCCCGUGUUUGAUGGCCGCAAAAAUAUGUAUUCUGCUAAGAAGCUUCCCUUCGGCGAUUCAGCGACUUUUGAUGUCAUUUUACCUGAAGACGAUGGUGUUACAACAUCUAAACGUCCUCCACGUGCUUUCAAGUUUAAAGUACAGAAAGUAGCAGAAAUAAACAUGGAAGAACUUAGUCGCUAUUUGCAAAGAAAAACCGAGCUCAGCAACAACAUUCUGACGGCCAUAAACUCACUAGAUGUCCUUAUCCGUCAUGGCCCAUCAAUGGAUCCAAAUUUUGUUUCCAUUGGACGCUCUCUUUACACAUCAGAAAAUUCACAGGCUCUUUUCGGAGGAGCCGAAGUGUGGCAAGGAUAUUAUCAAUCAGUUCGUCCCACCGGUGGUAAAAUGAUGAUCAAUGUCGAUUUGAGCGCCACCGCAUUCUACCAGGGCGGUCCUCUUAUUAAUAUGGUUACGAAGCUUUUGGGUAGACGAAAUCCAGGGGAAAUUGGGAUGAUUAAUGUUGGACAACGGUCAAGGCUUGAAAAGGAUUUGAAAAAUCUUAAGAUUUGCGUUAAUCAUCGUGGAAAUGAUGCGCGCAGGCGUCGAUACAAAAUUCUUAAACUUACCGAGAAGAACGCAAAUCAAACCGAAUUUGAGGCAGACGGGCAAAAAAUGACGGUCGCACAAUAUUUCACGAGGAAAUAUAACACUCGUCUUAAUUUUCCGAAUUUCCCUCUUGUUGCAGUUCGAAAUGACAUCUUUCUUCCGAUUGAGAUAUGCGAUGUCAUUCCC